CGGUUCAAAUCGAGCAGAUUCUAUUCAUACAGACAGUAACACAAUAGAUAGCACAUUUUUCAAAGAUCUUGAUCAAAAGAUGGGUGAAAAAUUACGUGCAACAAUAACAAGACCUAACACAAGUGCUAUGCUAGCAAGUUUACCGUCAGAUACAGUAUCAACAUUGAGUAGUUAUGAUCCAAUUGAUGAACUUGAUGCAAUUAUUGAUAAUGAAGAUUUAGAUUUAACAUUUCAUGAUCCAUUAGAUGACUUUUAUGAAGAUAAUGAUAUGCUUGAAGUAAUGAAUCCAAACAUUAAAUUACCAAGACCAAAUGUUGACUCUAAACCAACUGGUCUUUUCUCGGUAUAA